UUACAGUGCUCCUCAGUGCCAACCGGCAAUGACACGGCAGGGCGUGGCAGCCGCUGGAAUUUGGAGGCCGAUGGCCGGCGCAACCACGACAACACCAUCGCCAGCCGUAUUUCGUGUUACUUAUUCUUUUUCCAUUUCUUCUUCCUUUUCCAACAAAGGCCAUCGCCAAUAUUGUGUCAUAUCCAUCAAAAGAUAUAUCUCCAUCAUAAUAAUAAUUUGCAGCACCAGCUAUACCAACAACUCAUAAUCAUCACCAAGAUCACCUGGUACCAGUAGCAGCAACAGCACACAACGCAAACACCAUGAAGCUCUACGACAGCAUCCCCGACAACAUCGCCGCUUGGGCCAAAUGCCAACCCGUCUUCUUCACAGGCUCUGCAGCCACCCACGGCCGCCGCGUCAACGUCUCGCCCAAGGGCCUCUGCGAAUCCCACUUUGCCAUCUUCAACCCCAACGAGUGCGCCUACAUUGACCGCAUCGGCUCCGGCUGCGAGACCAUUGCCCACAGCUACGACAACGGCCGCCUCUGCCUGCUCUUCAUCAGCUUCGGCCCGGCCCCGCGCAUCCUGCGCCUCUUUUGCCGCUCCGAGGUCGUCGAGUUUGACAAUCCCCGAUUCCCGGCCCUGCUCCAAAAAGUCGCUGGUGGCAAGCGCGAGGAAUUCGAUGCUGCCCGCGCCGUCAUAAUCUGCAAGGUCUGGCAGGUCCAGACGAGCUGUGGCUACGGUGUACCUAUGAUCAAGAAGGGUAUCUAUGCCGACGCAGAGAACAAUGGCAGGACGGAGGCUGGUCAUCCCAUGUUUGACGAGGAGCUUCUCCGGGAGCAGUUUGAGCCACUGCACGAGAACGGUAAGCUUGAUGAGCGCUGUGUCUUUGAGAUGAGGCCUACUCUCGAUCUAUCUGCUAGCAAAUACGUCGCUACGAAUAAGGGCAAUAUUCACCGCAGAGACAACGCUUGGAGCAUUGAUGGGCUCCCAGGGCUGCGUACCUCGCGACGCCAUUUCAAAGAGGUGCUCUGGUUCGGCGACGCCAAGGCCAGAGUGGCCCGUAUCAAGUCAGAAAAGUUCUCCUUUGUCGCAGGCAUACUGUUUGCUAUGGUAGUCUACGCUGCCUUGGUUGCCCUGCGAGUCUUGCCUGGGCCUGUUUGGGGCGAAAGUGUCUCCAAGCUGGAUGGUGUUAUCCCAUUGCGUGGUUAAGCUGAGCAGACAGUUGCCAUGUGUGCAGAUCAAAAUGAAGAAGUAAUGAAUUUGUAUUGUAGAUAUCUAUAGCCGUCUCUCGAGGACACAGUUACGAACAGCGUUGCGCA